AUGGGAGGCGGCACGGCCGAAGGGUGGCGCGGCGGGUUGGGGGCGGAAGCGGGGCGGCGGUCGCGGCAGCGUGGGAAAAGACUGCACAUUACCAAUGCUCAACUAAUCCGAGGUUUCUUUGACCACCUCCGAAAAGGCUGCCCAGCAUUGGAAUAUCUCUUCCUAUCGAUCUGCGACAUUAAGGACCUUGACAUUUUCUCCGACACACUCAAGGUUUUGAUCCUCUCUGAUACUAUCGUGUUCUCAUUCUCAUCUGAGCACGAUGCCCAAGUCUCUACUUCUGCUCCAAGCCUCAUUUCUUUGUCCGUCCAAGAGUGUCCUUCCGGGGCUAGGCUACCUAUACUAAAGAACGGACACAGCUUCGAGACUGCAUCAGUAUUGCUUUCAGAAGGAGAUAUCACAACUUGUGAUGCUGAUGGUAUCAGGCAGUUUCUCGGGGGCCUCUCUGGUGUUAGAAGUUUGGAUUUCUAUUGUGGGGAUAGACAGCUGGAGGUGAAAAAUAAUCACGGAUGGUGCCCAACAUUCAACAAUCUUACAAACCUGACUCUUGAUAGUUGGUGCGUGCAUGCGGACUUAUAUGCGCUGAUAGUCUUCCUUCAGAACUCGCCUAAUCUGAAGAAGCUAACUCUUAAACUAAACGAGCCACGAUAUCACAACGGGGUUGUGUCUGCAAUCAUCGGCGAGCUGGAGGAUAGAUCAUUUACAUGUGAACAGCUUGAGAUUGUUGAAAUCAUAUGCUCGGAGGGAAAUGAGCUGCUGCUACUUGGGGUGUAUCAGUUUUUGCUAGAAGAGGGUGGCAUAAGGCCUGAUCAGAUGCGUGUCAGUCACCGGAACUAA